GAAUCUAAUCAAAUCUUCAAACGGGCAAUAGAACAUUCCAAAAACCCCUGCAACUUCUUUUCUCUUCUUCCCCCUAUCCCCUCCCGCUUGACUUCCAUUUCUCACUAACACAAACAUUCUCGAUGCUUUGUCUCAUACGCUUCCAUUGCGCUGGGACAGGACUGCCACAGUUGUGAUGAACGAAAAACCAUAAUUUCACCUGAAAUUCCACAGGCAUGCCUUCCCCCGCAGCUCAAAUCAACGUCCUGGGCAGUUCGCGUAGUUCUUCAGUAAGACGCCAAAUUUCACAACCCCGAAGAAUGUGUUUUUAGGUCAGAGACUGGGACAAACGAGAAGAGUCGGGCCGCUUCGCAUAGUCAACGAGAAAGUUGAAAUUGUCGAUUUGGGGACAACGAGCUCGGCGCUGUGGCUUUUGAGAAAAUGAAGGAUGCUGAGUAAAAAAGGAUAAAUGAGUUGGAAGAACUUGAGAACAAGGCAAAUUUGCAGUUAGAGAGACAGCUUGUCAUGGCUUCAUACUUUAGCAGGGCCAUGUUGACUCUGCGUGGAAAGUUAAGGGGAACAGAGUGGGAUCCUGAGAACUCACACAGGAUUGGUUUUAGUGACUUUUGGAGACUCCUUAACUCAAAUAAUGUCCAGCAUAUGGAGUACUCAAACUAUGGUAAAAAAAUAUCAGUGAUUCUACCUUACUACAAGGAUGAGAAAAUGGAAGGAGCGAAAGGGAAUUUGAAGGAGGUUAUUUUUCGGCGUCAUGUGGUUGACCGAAUGCCAAUAUAUAGCUGGAAUGAUGUAUGGCAGAAGUUGCAUCAGCAAAUAGAGAAUGUUGAGGUUCUGAAUGUGGAUAUAGUACCUGCACAAGUAUAUUCUACUGUGGCAACUGCAGUCAUAUGGUCUAUGCGGCUUGCGUUGUCUAUUGUACUGUAUCUCUGGAUUGGCAACUUGACUGUUGAGAAUAAGUCUCACAUUGAUGGGAGGAGGGAUUUUGCAUGAGCUUAUAAGAGGUUGGACUACUCGUUAUAUUGUCAAUUAGUUUUAUUGUAGAACUUCAACUUUCUUCGUGAUGUUUAAGUAGGAACCAUGCCCUACAUUUUUUAGGGCAGAGCAAAAGGACCAAAACUCC